AUGCGAGAGGUGCUGGGUUCAAUUCCCAUUGACAGUUACGCAAAAGAUUAUUUCUAUUACUCAAGGGAGCUAAGUUCGGGUAACAUGACCGGAAAUCGAAUUUUUGGCAUAACCAAUGCCAUCAAGCCGGAAGCGCUGCUUGCCAAUACCACAUUAGCUCAAACCGUGUGUCACCCGCCUCCGCGUACACAGCGACACCGAAAGGCUGAGCAUUACCCCCCACCACCCAUAUCACCACCGACUCGCAUCUCUCCCCGUGAUCUCUUCACUCUACGCCCCGGGCGCCGUGAAGCCCUGGAGCGAUCUCUGGACGAGCAGGCAACCACCCCUGCCCACCCCUUCGUGACUGUUCGAGAUGUUCUCUCCGCAGUGCACGACUCAAUCCGCGUCUUCGCCAUCGAGUUUCACCAUUCGCCUCCCACAUAUAACCUUUGGGGCUCACCGACAGGCAUGGUGCAGAUUCGCCAGACUCAAGCGGCCGUUUCCGACGCGCACGCUCGCCAACUCAUAAAGGAGUUCUUUCCUGGCGGUUCAAUUUGGGCUGGAGUGUCACCCAGUCCGGCUGAGCCUGACAUUUGGAUUCUUCAUGUCAGAUGAGGCAAUGGCAUUUCAUAAUCGCAUCCUUUCGGCGUGAGCGCUCACACAAGCUUCUCACUUUCCUCAGUGUGGCGGACCGUGUUUAUGAGCGAUGGACAUGAUGCUGUCGCACAUUUUAUACCAUCUGCUAGAUACAUAUCCGGACAUUCGGGGCAUUUAGGGCGACAGAAUAUCUGUAAUGGUGUUGGAUGACAACUUGACAAAAAGUCCACAAGCUUGAUACGUACC